GAACGACCAUUUCAGGUGAAGAGGGUAAAAGUAGAAAACGUCGUACAUCUUUCACACAAAGUAAAUUAUCCGAGAAUAACCAUACAGAUUCCAAUUCCGUAUUGGAAUCACCAGAUCUGGCAAGGUCCAACCGUAAACCUCCUGAGUUCAAGGGUAUUAAAGAAAUUCAUCACAAGGGAACAACCCGAGCGUUCGCAAUAUCCGGUAAAUACAUUAUCACCGACUCGGGUCAUACUCGGGUGUGGUCAAUUGACACAAGUAACAACAUUAGUACGAUUUCUCAUGAGGAUACCAAAAUAACAAGUCUUUGCUGGCGACCAACACGAAGAAUCGAGGAUGUUGGUAGGUUUAUCUGGGGUGGUGGACAAGACGGUAACAUAUUCGUCAUUGACAUCAUCCAUGGUGGAGAAAAAUAUCAUGAGAUGACACGUAGAGCACAUAAUCAUUCGGUGAAUUUCAUCCUGCGUCAUGAAUUUCAAUUGUGGACCCUUGAUGAUAGUGGAAAACUUUUAAUAUGGUCAGAAGAAGAAGAUGUUAUCUCACUAAGAUCAACCCCAAAAUCAGUUCAGAUAACGGCAAAACAAAAUUGUGCUCUCGUAGUUGGUCAUCACCUCUGGACGGCUGCUGGAAAGAUCAUAGAGAUUUUUAAUCCUCUCGAAGAGAACAGAACAUAUGUAAAAAAGAUAGACAUUGGAAUCGACGUUGGUAAUGUAAAGUGCAUGACGCAAACGAGCGAUUCUUCAUUAGUUUAUGUUGGACAUGAGGAUGGUAAAAUUACCGCAUGGAGUGUCAAAACGUUUGACCGCGUGUUAACGGUAAAAGUGUCAGUCUAUAAUAUAACAUCUAUUUUGGGUGUUGGGGAUUACCUAUGGGUUGGAUUUAUGACUGGGAAGAUAUAUAUAUAUGAUGUCACGACAGAACGUUGGAAUGUUGUCAAGGAUUGGAAGGCGCAUAAAUCUCCAGUUAUUGAAAUGCAAAAUGACGAAUAUGGACUAUGGGAAGUAAAUCGAUUUCAAGUGGCUAGUUGUAGUGCUGAGGGACAAAUCAAAGUAUGGGACG